AAGGGGGGCAAAGACAUUUUUCCCAAGUUGGUGGAGUUGCAGACCAUAGUGUACUAUCUCUGAAACUGAGAGAAGCAGGCUGCAUUUUAAUACUAAGAUUGUGUCAGACAGAGUUAUGUAUUACCACAAUCAGCACCAAGGAAAGAGCAUCCUCUCUUCAUCUAGAAUGCCUAUUCCUUCUGAAAGGCAUCCAUUUCUCAGAGGAAAUGGCCCAGGAGAUUCUGGACUCAUCCUCUCAACCGAUGCGAAGCCACGACUAAAAUGGACUCCAGAUCUUCAUGAGAGAUUCGUCGAAGCAGUUAACCAGCUUGGAGGAGGAGAAAAGGCUACUCCUAAGACGAUAAUGAAAGUCAUGGGUAUUCCAGGCCUUACCUUAUAUCAUCUCAAGAGUCAUCUUCAGAAAUAUAGGCUGAGCAAGAAUCUUAAUGGACAAGCUAACAGCAGUUUAAACAAAACAAGUGUGAUGACCAUGGUAGAAGAAAACACCCCUGAAGCAGACGAAGUUCACAGUGAGAGUUUAAGCAUUGGACCACAGCCAAGCAUGAACUUGCCCAUAAGUGAUGCUCUUCAAAUGCAAAUAGAAGUUCAGAGAAGGCUACACGAGCAACUUGAGCGACAUUUGCAGCUCAGGAUCGAGGCUCAAGGGAAGUACCUGCAAUCGAUUCUGGAGAAAGCACAAGAGACACUUGGAAGACAGAACUUAGGUCCAGCUGGGAUUGAAGCAACUAAAGCUCAACUCUCAAAGCUAGUAUCUAAAGUAUCAGCCGAGUAUCCAGACGCUAGCUUCCAAGAACUGCAGAAUCUACACCAUCAACAUAUGCAAACAGCUUAUCCACCACCAAACUCAUCCCUGGAAAGUUGCCUAACCUCAAGUGAAGGAACACAGAAAGCUCCCAAGAUGCUUGAGAAUAGGUUAGGGUUAAGAACAUAUCUUGGAGAUUCAAGUUCAGAGCAGAAAGAGGUAAUGGAAGAACCAUUUUUCCAGAGAAUGGAGCUCACAUGGGGAGAAGAACAAGAAGAAGGUCUCAGAGAGAAUAACAGGCCGUAUCUUUCAACAAUGGAACAGAGAAGCUCGUCUUCAAGAAGAAGCCCUGGAAGAUUGUCAAUAGGAGUGGGAUUACAAGAACACAGAGGAGGGAGUAGUAGCAACAAUGGGUAUACAGAGGAAAGAUUCAACGAGAAUGGAGAAGACUGCAAGGUUGAAACACGCGCAAGAACAGCUCUAGAUCUUAACACACAUGAGGAAAGCUACGGCACAAGGCGUCCUAAACAGUUUGAUUUGAAUGGUUUCAGCUGGAGUUGAGAAAGAACCAUUUAACUCAUCUGAAAAUGAGUUAUAUUAUUCGAAACAAAAGAGACAUGUUUUGCAAAAUAUGCACCACUGGUUAUAUAUGAUCCUCAUGUUAUCAUAUAUUUGUAUUACUAACUUCAUGUUUUUGAAUGAAGAACGUUUAUAGAGACAUGAUCAUGAACAAAUGUUACGACUUACGAGUAUGUGUACAGUGUACAUACAUAGAUACCAUCGAUGCUUUGGCUAAUAACGCGUUUGAGAAUCACGUCACAGGACACGAACAUCCGUUUGGGAAAAGAGACCGAAAUGUGGGUGCAAAACGACAUCGUUUCAAAAGAAAGAGUAGGAUAUUAUCUUGUUUAGUCCCUGACAUAUUUGUAGACGCUUAAUUGUACUCAAAAUUAAGCUUUUGGUCCACUU